AUGCACCGUGGGCCGCCCCGCGCCGCGCUCCGCCUGUGGCUGGGCUGCGUCUGCCUCGCGCUGGUGCAGGCGGACAGCCCCUCGGCCCCAGUGAACGUCACCGUCAGGCACCUCAAGGCCAACUCUGCGGUGGUAAGCUGGGACGUCUUGGAGGACGAGGUUGUCAUUGGAUUUGCCAUCUCUCAGCAGAAGAAGGAUGUGCGGAUGCUGCGCUUCAUCCAGGAGGUGAACACCACCACCCGCUCGUGCGCGCUCUGGGACCUGGAGGAGGACACGGAGUACAUUGUGCACGUGCAGGCCAUAUCCAUCCAGGGUCAGAGUCCAGCCAGCGAGCCCGUGCUCUUCAAGACGCCGCGCGAGGCUGAGAAGAUGGCCUCCAAGAACAAAGAUGAGGUGACCAUGAAGGAGAUGGGGAGGAACCAACAGCUGCGGACGGGCGAGGUGCUGAUCAUCGUCGUGGUCCUGUUCAUGUGGGCCGGCGUCAUCGCCCUCUUCUGCCGCCAGUAUGACAUCAUCAAGGACAACGAACCUAACAACAACAAGGAAAAAACCAAGAGUGCGUCAGAAACCAGCACACCAGAGCACCAAGGCGGGGGGCUUCUCCGUAGCAAGUUUUCAAACAAGCCCUCGGUGAACAUCAUCGAAGCGUGA